GCCAGCCUCCGCGGCCACAUGACCGGGCAGGCCGGGAGCCAGGCGCACGGCUCGGCUACAAAUGCAGCCCCCGGCGCGAGCGGGUGCAUUCGUCGCCGCCGCCGCUUGGCAGAGCCCGGCCCCUCCCCGCCGAGCGACGCGCCCGGCUGCAGCCCCGGUCCUACCAUGAGCGUGCGGCUCUGGCUGCUGGCGCUGCUGCUGCUCUGGCUCGCCCUGAGCGCGGGCUCCGGAGCACCAUUGUCUGAGGUGCCGGAUGGCAGAGACCUGGAGAAAGGGAACAUCCGGAACCUGGUACACCCCAAGGGGAUGCGGAAUGGAGCAGGACACCGGCAGAAUGGCUGGCGAAAGUCCCGGCGUCCAAGACCCCGUCUCUCCCACAAGGGCCCCAUGCCUUUCUAGCACAGGGUUGCUGUUGGCCCCCUGAAGGCCCAUUCCCAUUGUCCUCUCUGCUUUAUAGACUGGUUUGCUUGUCAUGGAGCUCUGAGUGCGGCGCUCCUGCCUGCUGAGGUGGGCAGGCUCCUCCUGUCCACCAGCCUGUCAUGCAGCCGCCCCGAUGGAGCUGUCAGCACCUCGACCCCCGCCCCCCCCCCCCCCCCCCACAUACAGAGACACAGAUCCGCACACGCCCAGUAGGCAUCUCCUCGCCUUGUCUCUGCAGACCCGGCACCCAAACUGGGUGCAGACACUGGCAUCUUUCCCCUUUCCCUGCUGAUGGCUGGGACGGAUCCCUGCCUCUUUCCAGCCCUUGGCAGAGGGGACACUGCCCAGGGCUCACUUUGACCUAGCCAGCCCCAUAAUCCUGAGUGGGCCCCUAACACCGCUCAGGACUGGAAGGGUGCCUGGCUGCCAGCUCCCUCUGUCCUCUUGGCUGUCUCUCUCUCUCACAAAAACAGCAGGACCGCAGACUCCUGUGCGUGGGGAUCUCUGGGCUGAGGGGAUUGGGCUGGGUUGCGCUUGCUCCCUUGGUGUUUCCAUGGGGCGGGGAGGAAGAGCACUACUGUAAUGAGCCUGUCUGGUCUCAUUGCUGUCUUGGCUUCUUGUUAGCCUGCCCAGAGGCUGGGCAAGGAGCAUGUAGCUCCAGUGCAGCUGUGGGGGGG